AUCUAGAUUUACCCUGCCGGGAACGUCAUUCUGGUUCCAAUAAAAAUAUCUCGUUGAGUGACUGAGUGCGGUGGUGUAGGGAACGGAAAACAUCAUUUGCAUAGGAGAUUGUAUGGAUUGUGUGGCUGUGAACGGAUUAUACACGGUAAAUGGAGUUUGGUACGGUUGGUCCCAAAAUAGCACCAUGUUGUUCCAGUGGUCAAUAAUGUACACAUGACCGCAAUGGUCAUACAGCGUGUUUUCUCGUUCACAUUCACUGGUAUUUCUGAUUCUGGUGUGGGAUUAUAUGCUCUAUUAUUUACUCUAUCGAGGUUUGUCAUCGGCUCGGUGAUCGAUUAUGAAUCGACAAAACGUGUCCUAUGCAAGAAUAAUACAUAAGUUUCGUUCCACGAUGGAAUUACAGAAUUGAGUGGAAUAACAUAUCUCUUACACUCCGAUUAAAGUCUGCCGACGACAAUCACAAACUGGUUUUAUAAAAGCUAGCUCAUCCGAAAAUCAAAACGGGACGACCGAUGAAAAUCAUGUCAUAUAGGUCGAGCCAUGAAAUCCAAGGUCGAUUCCGCUUUUACGACAACGAAGAACAUUUACAGCGGGAUUGGAAGCAGCACGCACGCGCCAACAUCCGGCAGCCGACAUUUUUGGAGGGAAUUCUUCUCAAGGCUCUAGAUCCAGACCACCCGUUCCAGUACGUGGAUUACGCGGUGUAUUGCACGAGCCUCGCUCCUGCCACGAACAUUCCAGCAGUGAACAACAACAACAAACCCCCUGUCUUUCGCAACUGCCGCAAGCUUCCAUCGCCCCGGAAUGGGCCCAGUCGCAUUCUCUCCUCAGGUGUCUAUGACGAACUCGAGUAUAUUCUACGCAACGAAGUGAAACCCCUGCCGCGGACUCCAGUCAGUAAGGACAGUGUCUACUUCAUGUCCGUGUUCCAGACGGACGGACACGUCGAGCGGCUUGAAGAAACGUGGAAAACGUGGAGUGGAGCGGACUUCAUUUUGUGGAAAUGUCCGGAACGCUUGAAACUACGGCGUGUGACGUUUUUCAAGUCCACUGUCGACGCCGACCUGUAUACAUUUGUGAUACUAUGCGAAUGCGAAGAUGGGUUGACAGUGUUGGACGUGGCAAAAGAGUUUCUCGAGCGGCUCCGGGACCGCAGGUGCGGUCUCGUAGGCCUAUAUCAGGUCGAACGGUAUUACAUAGCGUCAAAAACGCCAAAAACGUAAAGAAAGAAAUUAAGAGACGUUAUUACGCCACUAAGGGAACAUUCGCGUCAUCACAGUAUUAUGGCGUAUAUAAGCAAAUAUUUUUUUAAACGUUCGGUUGAUAAUGGAAAAUCAAAAUUAGUUUGAUUAUAAAGAAGAUUAUACAAAAUCAUUUCUGCUCGUGUGUUAAGGCUUUCGAAAAUAGUGGAAUGUAAGCUGUACUCUGGACAUUCACUCCAGUCAAGCAUAUGGUUAGACUAGACGCGAGAUCGGUUUCGUGUACGUCAUCGCACUUAUGGAGAGACAUACAGACAUUAUUUAAUUGCAAUUUCGAUUACGACGAGGUUUUCAUUUCAUCGUUGUAUAUACUGUGGUCCAUGUCAUAUAUCACUAUUUAACUGCAAGACCAGGGCGGGGAUUCACAAAUCUCCGAAGGAAAAUCUUUUCUUAAGAUGCAUGAAAGUUUCAUUUUCAGUAUAAAUUAUUGUUUCUGUUACAACGUAAUAUCUCUGGAAUGUUUUACAAGUUAAUUGUAAAAAGAUAAAAACAAAACACAUAUCAAACUUCAAAGACUGAAAAAUAUUAUCAAAAUCCAUACUCUAAGGAACCGUACUCAAUAAGCCAUUUAGGUACAACUUCUGACAUUAUUUAAAUUGAUGAAAUGUCCUAAGGCUAUAACUAAUUCGUGUUUAGACCUGUGUUCAUAUUAUCAUUUAAACAAAUUAAUGUUGCAAAAAUUAUUAAUAUUUUAUCCGUCUAUAAGAAGACCAAAAUAUAGCGCAGACAAUUUUAUCUGAAAUCAAUUAAGUGCAUCUUACGUUAUGAUUUGCCUUAAGCGCUUUGUGAACACGGACUCGGGUCAUCCACUGACUGGUCCGUUUCGUUUGGUAUGCUCAUGUUUAAGCUCUGAUUUAUGUUCCAACGAAGUUUUUUUUUUAAAUUUGUUACAUGCGAGCUAUUCUUUAUUAUGAUUAUUAAGUCCGUAAUCAGACACCACACGUUCAGACGUCACAAUGUAAAUAAGAAUCAAAUUUUAAGUUUGUAGAUGUUUCAUACCUAUCACUAUAUACCCUUCUGUGCACUACUUUAAUGGGACUUACCUUGACCACCGAACACAUACGCUUGUAUUCAGGUCUAUGCAUAAAAUGCUUCGCGACACAACAUAUUUGUUACAAAAUGGAUAUGGCAAUGACCAGUGUUAUUGCGUUUGUUAUCUUAACGUUAGUAACAAGCCAAAUAUCGUGAUACGUAGCAAAUUAGAACUUGAACAUUGAUUCGUGUUUUUUUUAAGCAAUAGUUGGGUAGAAUAUUUCUCUAUAUUACUAAUACCAAACUCAUCACAGUGGUCGCUGUGCGAUGCGACAAGUAUCGAUACCAAAGUCAUCACAGUGGUCGCUCUGCGAUGCAAAAAUUAUCUAUACCAAACUUAGCACAGUGGUCGCUCUGCGAUGCACCAACUAUCGAUACCAAUGGUCGCUCUGCGAUGCACCAAUUAUCGAUACCAAACUCAGCACAGUGAUUGCUCUUCGAUGCACAAAUUAUCGAUAUCAAACUCAGCACAAUGAUCGCUCUCUUAUUGAUACCUUACUCAUUACAGUGGUUUCCGUGAUGUGUUGUUUUGUCGAUACCAAACGUCUAACAGUGGUCUCUCUGCUGUAUUGUUAUUAUCAGUGCCAAACUCACCACAGUGGUCUCUCUGCUAUGAUGUACUUAUCGAUACAAAAAUUCACCAAAGUGCGUGUGUCCCCCCCCCCCCCCUGCUAUGUUGUUAUUAUCGAUAUCAAACCCACCACAUGUUUUUUCACUGAUAUUCUGAUAUUAUCGAUACUAAACUCAAUACAUUGUUCUCCCUGCUAUGUUGUAAUUAUUGAUACUAAACUUGAAAGAUUGAUUGUCCUUCUAUGUUGAAAAUUUCGAUAUCAAACGCAACACAGUGGUCCCUAUGAUUUGCUGUAAUUAUACCAAACUCACAAUAGCGGUCUCCCCUACUAUGCUGUAAUUACUAAUCUCAGCUCAGCGUUAUCGAUAUCAAACCAACCACCGUGGUGUCCCCUGUUAUUAUGCUUUCAUUAUCGAUACCAAACUCGUCGCAGUGGUCUUACCUACUUGUAUUUAAUUAUAUAUAACAAAAUCACCAGUGUGUCCCAUGCUAUGUUGUUAUUAUCGAUAACAAACUUGCAACAGUUAUCUUCCUUCUAUUUCGUAAUUAUCAAAAGCAAAUUCCUCACAAUGCUUUCACUUGCUUUGAUGUAAUUAUCAAUACCGAAUUCCUAAAGUGGUCUCUCGUACAAUGCUGUAAAUUAUCUGUUCCAAACCUUACACGGUUUUUUCAUAUGAAACUGUGUUGAUACUGACUGCAUUUAAGGGACCAAAUGUGUAUAUGCCACAAUCAAUAAAAAUAUAAGAUACGAACGGUCGACAUAUGAAACUUUAAUCCGUUCGUAUUUGUUAUGAAAUUAUUUUGUAUAUACUGCUGUUUUGAUUUGUGUGUUUUGAAUUUUGAUUUAUUUCCUUAAUAACAUACAUAAUGUUGAUUGUUUGAUUGCCAUUUAGUAAAAACAAUGCAUCACAAUUAUUAUUGUUACUAUUAUUAUUAUUAUUACUAUUAUUAUUAUUAUUAUUAUUAUUAUUAUUAUUAUUAUUAUUAUUAUUAGAAAUAGUAGAUGCAUAGCAGCAGCAGUAGUACUGGACGUAAUCAAUUGAUCAAUAAUUCAUAGUUUUAGAAAUAGUAGUAGUAUUUAUUACUAUGUAUUUUUAAUAUAAUUAUUGUAUUUUUAAAAAAUAUAAUUAGUGAUAUCACGUGAACAUGGGUAAUUGCGUGACAAAAAGUUCGUUACGUGUAUGUGUAAUUUGCUCAUUACCUCUCUAUUCUUGUAUAUAACGACGAGUUGUAUAUAUUGAUUGUUUGUGAUAUUUUAUAUAUUCUUCCUUUUUUCCUGAUGCAAUAUCUCAUGUUGAUGAAUUUGAA